GCUCAAUGUAUGCGUUGAUUUAUUAUUGCUCAACACAGGUAAAUGUGUUCUAGAUUCGAGAGAAUAAGUGGCCCUCCUAUAAAACGAAAGCCAUCAGCCAAGCCAGGGGAUUUGCCGCCCGCCCACUGACCUUGUUCAUUCGUGACCUAACCAUGCAAAGGCGCGCGCUGUGACCUCUUGACCUUUUCGGAACACAUACAGAUAGAUAUCCGUAAGCAGGAAAAUGUGUGAGCUACUUAAAACUGCCUCGUUCUUCGUUCACAUCCGUUGAGCGGAGGCGGCCCCGAGAGGCGGCUAAUCGACCGUCGCUCCGGAGCUUCAUUUCAGAUGCGGAGAUGAGUCUUAUGGAGUUAGCGGAAUUGUUACCCGCUGAGGCCACGCCCCGCUCCUCCUCGUCUCGGGCCUCCACGCCGGCAGUGCCCCUGAGUGCCGUAGAGGACCUCGUGGAGACAGUGGUAGUACUACGCAAGGAUCAAAGGACGCACGAACUGGGUAUAUCUGUGGUGGGAGGGAGUGACACGUACCUGGGAUGCGUGGUGGUGCAGGCUGUGUCCGAGGGCGGCGCAGCUUGGCAGGACGGCAGGCUGCAAAGGGGCGACAUUCUCCUGCAGGUCAAUGAUACAUCGCUGGCC